GUGUGUUUCCCGCGCGCGGGAGCGGGGCGGGCCGGCGGCGCGGCGCAGUGACGUCACCGAGCAGCGCCGCAAUGGCGGCGCCGAAGGUGAAGCAGGACAUGGCCCCGCCGGGCGGGUACGGCCCCAUCGACUACAAGCGGCACCUCCCGCGCCGCGGCUUCUCAGGGUACAGCCUGUUCGCGCUCGGCAUCGGGAGCCUCCUGCUCGGCUACUACACCCUCGUCAAGUGGAACCGCGAGCGCAGGCGGUUGCUGAUCGAGGAGCUGGAGGCUCGGAUCGCGCUGAUGCCGCUGCUGCAGGCGGAGUCCGACCGCAGGAUGCUCCGGAUGCUGCGGGAGAACCUGGAGGAGGAGGCCAAGAUCAUGCGGGACGUUCCUGGCUGGAAGGUGGGCGAGUCCCGUUUCCACACGGAUCGCUGGGUGCCCCCCACGCUGGAGGAGCUCUACUUCCUGCGGCCCCCGGCCGAGCUGGACCGCGAGAAGUUCGGCCUGCAGAACUACGUCUGAGCCCCGGGCCCGCCUCUCCCGCCUCCUUCCGGAACUUUCCCCCCUUUCCCUGCCCCUCUCCAGGCUGAUUCCACCAUCCCGAGCUUGUUCCGGCUCCUGCUCAUUAAUAAUUAAUGAAUAAAUAAUGAAUAAGUAAA